AUGGCAUCCGCAGACAAGCCCCACGCAGCUCCCCAGCCAGCGUACCUUCCAACAGCAGGCAGCAUUUUGAAUGCCGACAAGAGCUUCUACGACUCUCUAGCCAACAGCAAAUCCAGAACAUUGAAACAGACCAUUGACAUACCACCAAGAUCGGCCAAAGCCUGGAAAGUCCCCGCAGGAAGCAUCGUCCGUUUCUCCACCCCCGAAGGCGCCCAAGUUGGUGACUUGAACAUUUGGAACCUGGCCAACCCACGCGAAAGAUUUUGGGCAUCUCGCACAAGACAGUUGCAAGCUAGUCACGUCACUGUAUACGAUCGACUCUGGAGCUGCUUGCCUUAUUUGAGGCCGAUGGUCACAAUCAUCGCCGACUCCUUGAAGGACUAUGGUGUGGAUCAAUGGGGUGGCAGAUGUCAUGAUCUGCUCGGGACUCGUUGUGAUCCUUAUGUGAACACUAUGCUCACUGGAGAUCAAUACGACUACCACUGCCAUUCGAACUUGACUAGAGCGGUGGUACCAUACGGUCUAACCGAGUUUGACGUUCACGACGUCAUCAACGUCUUCCAAGUCACCGGUUUGAAUGCUGAGGGCAAGUACUUCAUGGAACCCAGCCCAGCCAAGAAGACAGACUAUCUCGAAUUCUUCGCUGAGCAAGACGUUCUGAUGGCAUUGUCUGCAUGUCCUGGUGGUGAUCUUAGUGCUUGGGGUUGGGGUGAAGGUGGUGCCGGCGAGGAGGGCGAGAAGAAGAGCAUGUUGGAUUGCUGCCGGCCCCUCAGAGCAGAAGUAUACAGCUUGGACGAUGAGGCAUUGCUGCAAGAUUGGACACAAUUCCAGCCUCCGAAGUACACUGGAAUCCACGGCAUGAAGGUGCCUGUCGGUGAAAAUGUCUAG